AUGAUACAUCUCUUUCCAGAGUCUCAGCGCAGCCAAAUUGCGGUCCGUGGGCUCUUGCAUGCAUUAUCAGCUGGUCAGCCUGCAUAUUCAUACCCGUUGUUUACAAAGCAGAUGACACCGCUUGAUACCGGUAUCAAGAACCUUCGCAAUCCCUCCAACGCUGGCGGUUUUCUUGAUCAUUCUAUAGACGCUGCUGCUUCCAUGCCCCCAAUGUAUACAUAUUAUCUCAAUGGAAAGUCUAUAUAUAUUCCUAAGAUCGAUAAUGAAAUCGGCGUGACCCUAACGAGGGUCGUCAAUGCAGUUAACAAAAGUUGGGUAUCCCGAUCAAAACCUGGGCAUACAGGAACUACCCAGGAGAAGGUCGGCUUUUCUGGUCAAAGGUCAUGUACCAUCGCCUUGGUACUGCGGACCAUGAAAGCGCUAGAACUGGAUGUCAACUCGAUGCCACAACGAAGACCGCGUCUCAAAAGCACACUGCCAGCUCGUCGAUGCUGUCGAGCGCGCCGUUUCCACAAGACCGAGGUUGACAGGCCGAAACGGUUCAACUAA